GUGGCCUGGGAAGAGCCCGUGAGGGACCGGGAGCCUUCCCGUGCUUGGGAGAGCCUGUGAAGGACCGGGAGUGUUCCUGUGGCCUCUGAGGAACUGGGAGCGUUCCCGUGGCUCGUGAGGAGCCGGGAGCGCUCCUGUGGUACCGGGAGAGGCCGGGAGCGCUCCCGAGGACUAUGAAUGAGGAAAUUCCGUUCAUGUUCGUGGUUUUUCCCGGUGCCAGGCGGCUCGGUGGGGUUAAGGACCCAAAGCGCCCGGUGUUGGGCCGGGGCUUGGCUGAGCGAGUGACUCGUGAGGGGAGAAGAACUCAAGGUGCCCUUGGAAGAGAGAACUGGAGGAUGAAGUGAAAAGACAAAAUAAAGCUCGACGUGAAGUUGUUUUAUCCUCAGGUUUUGAUUUUAUUGGCUCAGAAGUGUCGGCCAGGUGGGAUCUCACUUAAGUAGGAGAAUGCUGAUGGGAAAAGGUGUAUUUUCUCUCAGGGCAGAYACCCAUACACGCGUUCAGUGUGCUCAGAGAGGCUCCCCUGGUGCCUGAGGUCAGGCCGACUCUGGUGACUCACCUUUGGUGUUAGAUUUCUACCUCUGAACGCCUCCAGAGCAGGAUCCAGGCCAAAUCCAGGCGAUAGUGAAUGACAACAACCGGUGCACCAGCUACACCUGGUUGUUCAACUCCAGCCCUUCUUUCAUCUCACCCUGUUUUUCUCACUUCAUUAAAUGCCUCUGGCCUCCUUAAAUCAAUUAGUUUGGGCUUCUUUUAAAUCUGAUGUCAAUCCAGUUGUAGCCUAGUAAUCCCGCAUGAUAAAAGAACUUUCUCUCCGGGCUGUGGGGAGUUUACCUUGACACAAUUCUUUUGACUUAUAAUUUUAUUCUUUAUUUUGCACACCCAGAUCAUGUGGCCCUUGCAGCAGAUGUUUAUUCAGAGAUCUCUGCUUCCUGCAGUGUGAAUACCCUUGUUUAGAAGGGCAAUGCUGAUUUUUAAAAUCAUGUUUAGUCCAGAGAAUAGUCCUGGAGGCUCUGUAGGAUUAAACCUGAACCGUGCAGGAGUGGUGUGAGCAGCUCUGUAGGAAGGUCUGGGGUGGGUUGGUUGAGGUGCUGAGCUCUGGAAUGGGCUCUUUCAUCACYCUUUUUUAAGCUUUUUUCAGAGUUGGAGGGAAAGGGGGGAAGCAGCCGGAAAUCUUGAAAUAGUACAUUUACCACACUUCAGAACAAACCAGAUUUGCACAUUCCUGUGAAGGUUCAGUAGCUCAUUUUCAGGUGUAAGGCUGUGAUUUGUAGCUAAAGGAGCAGCAGAGCUGUGUAAUUGCACUGCCUGCAUUGCGGAAUGUGUGAAAUACCUGUACAGGAACAAGAGCUCCAGGCACUUCAGAUCAGAUGGUGCCAGCAGUGCUGAUGUAAAUCAGAGCCUUUCCCAGGUGUCAGAGCUUUGUGAAACUACAGCUUCAACCUGCCAUUUYCAAUCUUGCCAAAUUAGUCACGGAAACACAGAGAUCAGGGUUGCUAUAAACACAAAUCRUGAAGCAAUGCUUAGUGUGAGAAAAUGGCACCAACAGUUGAAGCUUUGAGCUUCCUGCGUUUGGCAGAGGACAAAAGUCUUUCCUCCUCCCUGCAGUUUCUGUUUAAUUAUCUACCUAACCUGAKCUGAGAGAACUGUCACUGGUCUUGUUUUCUCACAGGCUGAGAGAUGAGAGUGGAAUUGCCAUCACUUCUCACUUGUUAUCCCAGGUGAAGGGCACGUYCAUUCUCCUAAAACAAAUUAGAGGUUUGGGAUAGAGGAGAUAGGCUGGAGAAGGACUUUGGACAAGGGUGUGGGGUGACAGGAUAAGGAGUACUCACUUUGCACUGACAGAGGACAGAGUUAGAUGGGAUACUGGGAAGGAAUUGUUGACUGUGAGGGUGGUGAGGCCCUGUCUGAGGUUGCCCGCAGAAGCUGCCCCAUCCCUGGCAGUGUCCAAGGCCAGGUUGGAUGGGGAUUAGAGCACCCUGGGAUAGUGGAAUGUGUCCCUGCCCAUGGCAGAGGGUGGAAUGAGACGGGCUUGAAGGUCCCUUCCAACCCAAACCAGUUUGUGAUUCAGUGACAACCUGAAUGAAACCUUGUUUCUUCUUAACCACUGUAUCCUGUAGGUUGUCCUCCAGAACAACCUGUGCGACCCCUCUUCCCAUAAGGAAUUCUUGCAUCUUACAUCCCAGAAUCMGUGGCUUUGGCCUCCAAUCCCUGAAUUGGUUCCCUGUGCAGGGAUAAGAUGUGUGAUGUUAAGAGGCAGAUGUCACAAUCCGUGUGCUGCUGGGAGGGGGUGCAAGGAGAGUUCACACUGGUGACUGAGUCACAGGAGGAAUAUGGCUGGACAAAUAUCAGAGUCUGAUCAGAUCAAGCAGUUCAAGGAGUUUCUUGGCACAUACAAUAAACUUACAGAAAAUUGCUUCUUGGAUUGCAUAAAGGAUUUCACUAGCAGAGAUGUGAAACCUGAAGAGAUAACGUGUUCAGAUAACUGCCUGCAGAAGUAUCUAAAGAUGACACAGAGGAUCUCCAUGAGAUUCCAGGAGUACCACAUCCAGCAGAAYGAGGCUCUGGCAGCCAAGGCAGGACUGCUCAGCCAACCUCGUUAGACCAGAGCACUGUGCUCAGACUGAAGCUGUGCCAGUGUUCCCUGGGCAAGAACACAUUUGGGGAUUCCUGCUGUCAGGAUGUGUGUCCAGAAGCUCAGAGCAGAGCUGUGGGCGCUGCUGAGGCAGUGGGAGCCAUGAAGGGUUAACAGGAGCUCAGUCAUGGUGGCCUGGCAGUGGAGUUUGUUUCCACAAGGGAAGGAUGCGGAUACAACYUUUCCCAGGGCCCAGACUGGUGUCUGAAUUUCAGGGGUGGUGGGAGGGCUCAAUUGCCUUUUGCUGAGAGUGGUUGAGAUGAAUCAAUGUACUAUGGGGAAUACACAUUUUUAUUUAAUUCAAAUAAAAUUAAUGGGAGCCAUA